AUGGAGUAUCCCGAACAGCCCUCUCCAUCACCUCCAGCUUCUCCCAUUCCGGAUCGACCUGCAUCACCUGAACUCCCACUUACUAUGACUGCAUCAGCUGUUCUAACGGCCCUUCCUCAAGAUGCAAGCUCAGCUCUUGCUAGCGCUGGCAAAUUUGAAAAGGAGAAAGUUCGUAUUCGUUUCAAGGCUGUCGGAGGGUCUGCUCCGCAGCUCAAGCGUGAAGUGCGACAGAUAAGCGCCGCGCAAAAGUUUGAGGCUGUCGUGUCUCACCUACGCAAGGCGCUGCAUCUCAAUCCCGCCGAUAGUCUGUUUCUCUACGUGAAUAGUGUUUUUGCCCCCGCUUUGGAUGAGAUCGUCGGUAACUUACAUCGAUGUUUUAAGGAUUCAAACGAUCAGUUGAUUGUGGCUUAUUCAAUGACUCCUGCAUUUGGAUGA